CAGAUAGAACACUGGACAGCAGGGAGCACCCAAGACAUUGGCAGUUGGAAGAGUGAUGGAGGAUACUUCGGACUUCAAGGAGGUAAAAGAAAGAAGCACUUGAAGAAAUAAAUGUUAUGUUGAUCUGGAGAGAAGACAAGAUUUGUAAGAAGAUAAUUUUCCAGAAGAAAAUGAAAAUAAGAAAGAGCUCAUCACUGAAGAGAUAUCCUGAAAAUGUAAAUAGUAUGAAAAACUAAAAAACAAACAAACAAACAAAAAAAAACUGGAAUCCUCUAAAGGGUAAUAGGACUUAUUAUGUCCUUCUCAGUCCAUCCCCGAAAAAACAGCAAAAAGCCUUUGACAUUGGAAAGUCCUCUACUACCACAAGUUCCACGUGGCAAUUACUUGCAUUUACUUGAAGAGAAGCAAAGACUACAUCUAAAGAAAUUCCUUCUUCAUAGGAUGUUUCUAGUGGCUGAGUUAGCAGCAAACACAGAAAAAAAAGAUAUCUCUGAUUACUUUGAACAAAUAUUUCAGUCAAUUUCAAAACGUCGCCUAGGAGAAAUAGUGACAGGAUUAUUGCUUUUAUAUCCUAGUUCUAUGCUGUAUAUCCUUGAGUCCUCCAGUGGUAGCCUCUCCCGAAUUCUUUUAGAUUAUCUUCAACAUAAAAAGGAAGGAAAUUUUUUUAUUCAAAGAAUGAAAAUUAUAGUAGUGUCCCAUAACAUCCCAACAAGGUUCUUCAUGCAAUGGCACAUUUCAGUAAUAAAUGUACCAGUCCUGUAUCUUGAUGAUGUGACCCAGUCGCAGUCCCUAGAGGAGGUGAUCACUGAGUUUCUCACCCUAACUCAUAAACUGGCACUUUUCCUUUUUAAGACUGUUAAAGUGGGCACUAAAGGUCCAGGAGAUAACUUGCACCAACUUGCACCUGAAUUACUCCUCUCAGAACAAAUAAUAAAGUACCUGUGCAAGAGUGAAGAGUUCAUGGAUCCAGAAACUUUCAUAAGCAUGUAUAAGAAGCCUAUACAUGUCACACUGGAUUCCGAGGUUGUAUGGCCCGCUCCGUCCCGUUUCUAGACUGCAGAGAGAUGAUGGGAUCAAAUCUCCCAAAGAAUUUGUUACCUAAAUAAAGGAAGCUAUCUCUACCUUUAUUCUUCUCAAAAAAGGGACAAAACAUUGCAAUAUACACAAAGGAAAUUUAUUAAAUGUAACAUUGGAAAUUGAUUUGUUUGCUCUGAUGCUAAUUCAAUACCUGAUUUUAAUAGGUGGAAUGGUUUGAUAAGUGCA